AUGAUGCCGGUGUAUUAUUUGCAGGGUGAACCAUUUCGUCCCGUAUUUUUGGGCCCGAAGCGAAAGCUGCGUACACAGUUGGGUAUUGAACGAGAGACGGGCCGUGCAGUUGUCGAAGAUCCACCGCGUGGCGACAUUUUCCAACGAAUAUUGGUUCGUCGGCCGCGCAAGGAAGAAAUGAGCACAGAGCAGGACUGGCCAAGUGUCUGGCCUGCGGCGCGUUCAUUUCGCUCCUCGGUUGUGCCGCUUCCAGUGAGGAUGGGCGCAAGAAGGGAUCCGAAGAAGAUGGCUCCUUUUAAAACCGAAGGCAAUUUGGAGUUGGUGAAGAUACCCAAUUUUCUGCAUUUGACACCGGCCGCCAUUGAACGCCACUGCAAUGCCAUUAAAAAAUUUUGCACUGCUUGGCCGGAGAAUUUGGAUGAUGAAGCACGUCAUAAAUUUUUCCCGUUGACGCUUUCUUACAACGAUUAUGUGCAUCAGAGUAAUUCGCUGCGUGAUAUGCGAUCGCGAAUCAUUGUCAUGAAAGUCCGAGUAUCUGAUCUUCAUCUCGAUGAGCAUGCCUUCGACAAAUUAGUUCGUUUAGCGGGUGAUAGGUACAAUCCAGGAUCUGAUAUGCUUACGAUUGUAACGGAUAGAUGUUUUACAAGGAAACAAAAUUUUGACUAUGCUAUGUACCUUCUUGUGGCGCUUUAUAGCGAAUCCUAUAAAAUUGAAGAAUGGGAAGCAAAAAAAUACGAAAAUCUUAGACUCGUUUCCCGAAUAACCAGUUUCAAAAGUUCAAAAAUGGAAGAUAAUUUGGAACAUUUGCUUUCUUCCUUGGAAAAAGGAGAGAAGGAGACGUUUGAAACGGUGCGCGAAUAUGCAGAAUCAAUCAAGAAGUUGCUUGGGAUUCCUGAGAUAACGGAUCCCAAACUAUCAGAUACAUCAGCCCACAGGAUACAGUACUGA